GCAAAAACCACUUGGAAAAUUCCAGAAAUCCAUCACCAAACAGACCCUAGGAAAAAAUAAGAAAAAACCAACACCUAGAGCUUCGUACAUGUUGAAAUGGCAGUAUAUACAACAUAAUAUAUACAUACACACACCAUCAUAUAUACAUACAGAUACAGUGUGCCUUCUGCCUCUCUGAACACUUCUGCUUCACAAAUUCCUCUGUUUCAUUGCCCCCAUUUCUCUCUCUCUCUCUCUCUCUUGUUUUCUGUUUUCACACAAUUUUUUGCAACUAGAAAACGACAAAGAAAGAAGACCGGAAAAAAAGGGGGGUGGCACACGGUGUUCAUGCGGCGGUGGUUCUGAUGGCGGCGCCACCGAUGAAAUCGCAACCACUGCACAACUUCUCUCUGCCCACCCUCAGAUGGGCCCACAAAAACUCCUCCUCCUCCUCCCCCGCCGCCGCGGCGGCAGCUGGCGGCGGCAGUUCUCGCUGCCACCGCCGCCGCGAUUCCCCUGAUCAACUCCACGAAACCGACUCCGACAACGAGACCCAACCCCCAAACCCCAACCAACGAACCCCCGACCCCGUUCCGGCGGCGGCGGACGAGGGUAACGGGGAGGCGAAGCCGUGGAACUUGCGGCCGAGGAAGGAGGCUCCGACCGUCAAGGCGGCGUCGAAAUCGAGGAAGGAAGCCCGUGGUGAGUGUAACGAGAGCAAGAUCAACAGCAUCAACAAUGGUGGGGUGAAGUCGCAGAGGAUCAGAGGCAUGGCGGCGGCGGUGGAAGGUGGGCAGCGGAACGGCGGAGGUGAGCGGAACGGGAGCAGCAGGAAGAUUUGGAUUUCUCUCUCUAAGGAAGAAAUCGAAGAGGAUAUUUAUGCUAUGACCGGCGGCAAACCCUCCCGCCGCCCCAGAAAAUGGCCGAGGAACGUUCAGAAACAACUUGAUAAUGUGUUUCCGGGAUUAUAUCUGGUUGGAGUUGCACCCGAUUCGUAUCGGGUUUCAAUGCUCUGAGGUGGAUUCGGAUUCGAUUUGUUGACAAUGGAGGUUGAAGAGAGGGGUUGAGGUAUACUAUGAAUUAUGCAAAGCAAGUAUGACGAUUCCGAUUAAAUAGACCGACGAUGGCUGAAUAUAAUAGUUUUAAAUAUUCCCUUUUUUUUAAGCUUAGUUUUAACUUUUAUCGGUGAUAUCUUGAAUAUAGGAGUUUACAGAGGUGGUGCUCGUUUAUCGGUGAAGCUUUUUUUUUUUUUUAUGUAAGUUUUUUUUUUUUUUUGUGAAUGAAUGAAUCGGAGUGAAAGCCUUUUGCUAGAAUGCAAAUACUUUGCUAGAAUGCAAAUACAUAUUACUGCACGUGGCAGAGCUUUCGGUAAAUUUCCCGAUAUUGAAUGCGAUUGUCGUGUUAUUCGAAUAGCUCGUUUUUGCUCGUUUGAUGAGAAAUUCUGAACAGCGUUGCCAAA